GGAAAAAUAAAACUUGUGUCCUUUUAUCGUGAUGGGUUGUCGUGGUUUAUUAGGUCGGUUUUUUCUGCUUUUCCUCAUACAAGUUGGCUGGUCAUCUGGACAUUUGGUAUUCUCAUAUAAUGACCGAUCUGCCGAUCUAUGUGUUCACCGGACCUUCUGGGGCUGGUAAAAGCACGCUACUACAAAUGUUGCUGGAGAAGUUUCCCAAUAGUUUUGGAUUCAGUGUAUCUCAUACAACGCGAAAACCACGCCCGGGGGAAAGAGAUGGAGUAGAUUAUCACUUCACUGACAGAGACUCGUUUUUGAGUGAGGUUUUCCAGAGGAAUUUUCUUGAGUAUGCGGAAUUUGCUGGGAACUUUUAUGGAACAUCAAGAUUAGCUGUUGAAUCAGUACUUAAUGCUGGUCGCAUAUGUAUUUUAGAUGUUGAAAUACAGGGAGUUAAAAGUAUCCAUGCAAUUCAACCACCGUUGAAUGCUCAAUACAUCCUUAUUCGUCCAUCUUCAAUUAGUGAAUUAGAAAAGCGUUUACGUGGCCGAGGAACAGAAACUGAAGAAACUCUAUCUAAGCGGCUUGCUCGGGCUCGUGAAGAUAUUACGUUCUCUGAAACUGAAGAAGGCCAGAAACUAUUCACAAAAAUUAUAAUUAAUGAUGAUCUCAACACUGGAUAUAAAGAGUUGGAAAAUUUUGUUCUCCCAGCUGUUAAAUGUACUAAAUGUGCGUUAUAACUACAAAUAUAUUUAGUGAUCCACAAAUAUCAAUAUGCUUAGUACUAUUUACUUACUAUUUUACAAUUUAUGUGACAGCAUUUAUCUUUGUUUUACCCUCAGUUCUCAUUGUAGCAUAAAGUAGAUAACUCACAUCUUUAAGCUACAAGUUGCAGUAUUUAUUAGUAAUAUUAGCUUGAGAGUUAUUACAUUACUUCUAUCUUCCUAAACCUUUCACAUUUGACUAUCAAUGUAUUAUGACAAAUUAAUUUAAAUGUACUACAGAAAUAGAAGUUUAGUGUUUUGCAUAUUUUUUAUUAUUUAGUGUGUUGUGGAUGAUUGCCCAUUAUUCCGCUUAACCUAUAUUAUAAUCAGUAUAAAUCAGUGCAACUGUGCCAGUGAGCAAAGUUGAGUAAAUAUCCACUAUGAUCGUGCAUGUUAGUUAAAACUUAUCUGAUAAAAAUUAUUCAAGUCCUCGGUGUUUAUAAUUCCACAGAUUGCUGGAUUGAUACUUGCUGUCACUGGAGUAAUUGACUGUCCUAGUAUAUGUAAACUCACAUAACAAUACUACCUAUUCUACCACAUAGAUGUCCAAGGCAGAUGGUUU